AUGUCCACAGGGCCAUCGUCGACUCCGCCCACGCUAUACUUUGCCGCCGUGCCGAUCGCUCACGCUUACGUUCUUGCUCAGCAUCCUUCGCCUCUACGCACCCUCUUGUGGCGUUUUUCUACCGGCUUAUGGACUAGGCCAACAACUCACUACGCCAUACGACCACCGACCUGGUCUAGUCUAUGUGUUGAACCUUUCGAGACAUUUUCGCCGCUCCCUGUGCGCACUUUUCUUCUUGCUACCCGUUUGCCGACAGUCAAUAAAACGACUUUCCUUGCCGAUCGUUGCCAGCACGCCUCGUCGAAAGCCGCAGCCCACCCCCCGUCCGUGAGGCUCGGACCCAGAGCGCCACAGAUCAUGCAGCAUUUACAGGGCGCCAUAAUACCCGCGGUCGCUAGGGCUGCCAAAGACAUUUUUCCUCCCGACGUCCAAGCAACUGCCAAAGCAGCCAUCUCGACAACGUUAUCCGCCAGUUUCACCGCGAGCACGACCCCGAUCCCGACCGCGACGAUGGCUGCUGCAACAGUAACGGCGACGGGCAGCCCACAUGACAGGCCCGAGGGCUCGGGGGAAUGCCGGCUAGUGGGAUCUUUUGCUGUUUUUGUGCAGCUGGCACUCGGCGGCCUGGCCCUGCUCGUACUGGUCUACAAGAGGUGGAGGGAGCGCCCGCAAAGACCGGUCAAGAUCUGGUUCUUUGACGUGUCGAAGCAGGUCUUCGGCUCGGUCCUGGUGCACGGCGCCAACAUCUUCAUGUCAAUGCUGACAUCUGGUCGUCUAUCCAUCAAAGUGGACCCUCCCGCGGCUGCUAGGAGAUGGCUGAUGGCUCGGGGUCAUGGUGUUGACGGGGACAAAUAUAUGCCGAACCCGUGUUCCUUCUAUCUGCUCAACUUAGCCAUCGAUACAACAUUAGGCAUUCCCAUCCUGAUCCUUCUCGUGCGACUGACAACUAUGCUUGUUUCCCGUACGCCACUGGGCAAGCCGUCCGAGUCGAUACAGUCGGGCUUCUACGGCAAUCCUCCCAAGUGGCAAUGGUGGCUCAAGCAGAGCAUAAUAUACUUCUGUGGACUCUUUGGCAUGAAGAUAUGUGUCCUCAUAAUCUUCCUGGUGAUCCCCUGGAUCAGCCACGUUGGGGACUGGGCAUUAGGCUGGACUGAGGGCAACGAGAAGCUGCAGAUUGUGUUCGUCAUGAUGCUCUUCCCACUCAUCAUGAACGCCAUGCAAUAUUACAUCAUCGACAGUUUCAUCAAAGAGCGAACACACGACGAAGCUGGAGAUGCGGUCGCAGGGAGACCUCGGCUUGGAUCUCAAGAGGGCUCAUACGACCGCCUGAGCGAAAGUGGUGAUGAUGACCACGAAGAGGAGCUUGCGGAUAGAGGGAGCAGCCUCGGUGAAGGUAAUCGCACGAAGGGGGGUAUCAAGGCGACCUCCCGCGAUCGGGAAUACGACCCUGAGACUGACGGAGACGACGAGCGUACCGUGAUUGGGAGUGCCAGCACAGCUGGAAACCAGCAGAGCCAGGCACUGUUAUCAAAAGGCCUUCUGCCACAUGAGUAG